CCCCCCUUCAUUACUCUACUAUAAGAAGGCACCUCCCAGCCUUUGAAAGUCACUUAAGUGUUUGUGUUCUUCAGUUUUUUGGUAAGUACAACCUUCUUUAUUAUCAAGUUUAUAUAACGUUCAUUUUCUCUCCAUCACUACAGCUCUUUCUACAACUUUCUCUUUUUUGGUUAGUAAAACUAUAUUUGUUUUGCAUGUUUAUAUAAUAUUUAAAAUUGUUUUUUUCCAGUCCUAGACAUCCUUGCUCAUUCAGCUUUCUCUUUUUUUGCUGACGUGUUUUAUUUGGUAAGUAACCUUUUCUACUUCCAUGUUUAUAUAAUAUAUUCUUGCUUUAUUUCAUCAUAACAGCUCGUUCUGCUUUGUUUUUGUGAGUACAACUUGUUUAUUUGUUUGUUAUGUUAAAUUGAUAUUUUUUUCCGAUUCCUACAGGACCUUACUGCUGAUCAGUUCGAUUUGAUUGUUCGAUUAGACCGAUCAGUUUUUGAUAACUUCGUAAUUUCAAUAACUUUUUUCUGGUAAGUAUAGUCUCCUUUCUUGGCAUAUAUUGUUUUUAAUCUUGUGUUUUUCGUUCCUAUAGCUCCUUCUGUUUUUCAAGUUAACUUGUUGGUAAGCAUAACUUUAUUUUUUCGAACAUCAUAAAAUAUCAUUCAUAUCCUAUCAUUCAGCACUUUGUUGACAAGCACCCUCUGCAGUUAGAUUUUAACGUGCAACUGUAUUUUUCAUCAAGCGAUAUGUCUCAAGACGGUUUUAGUCAAAUUGAUUUAACUGCUCCGGGUUUCGCCAGCCAGGAAUCGUUUCUGUUAAACAGUUUUGACAUAAACCUGUUGAACAUGUCGACUGUUGAGAAGGCUCUGGAUCCAAACGUGCAGCCUAAUGAGCAGCCAAACAUCGCAGGUUCCUCGAAUGUCGACGAUAAGAAUGUGAAACACCUUUCACUUUCACUUCGUCAAAAGUCGGGGAAGCGUGAACACCGGAAGAAGGGCUGGCGUCGAGUUCUAACCACUCUUUAACAACGUCAUUCGACAUCACCGUUGAAAUGAAAAAAGCAGAAUUCAUUUUGUCUUCUUUACAUACUAAUAACUUCCCUUCCUAGCUAAAAGAUGUCCGGUAGCAACAACGUCGGGAGGGUGCUCACGUUGGAGCGAAGAGUUGCUUCAUUGGAGGUAAAAGUAGAUACCCUGUUUCAGCUGGUAGGCUAUAUCUAUAAUCUUUUUUGCACGUUUUUAAUUUCAUAAUCUUCUUAGGUAAACAGUAUUGUCUCAGAGUCGGCAGUGGUGAGAGGGCAGGUGCAUGUUCAAAACAUGCACAUACACCAUUGUUCGACUGGGAUAGAACCUCCGACACCGACACCUGCAGCGCCUCCGCCCCCGUAUGAAGUGCGGGAUGAGCAGGAAGAGGAGGAGGAGUGGUAACCAUUUUUCCUCCUCUUCCUUAGGUUAGGUUAGGUUAGGUUAUGUUAGGUUAAAUGGUUAAGGUAUUAUACUUAUUAUUAUUAUUAUUAUUCUUCUUAUUAAAUAUAUGUAUAUAUAGUUUCUUUUGCUAUAUUUUCAUUCAGUCUUAUCCAAUUCAUUUAGUACGAGAAUCAUGAUCGACGAGAAAUUAAAAUGUUUACCGCAACUUCUAACACUGCCUAUAGUAAAUUUUAGUAAUGGUUCGGUCGAAGAACACUUUACAAGACACAGCAAUUUAUUUGGUGGAAAAUGUAAGCGAGGUUUAAUUGUAGGACCCUCAGGUGUCGGAAAAACAAAUGCUAUGUUAUCGCUUUUAGUUGCACGUAAUGGGUUGCGCUUCCUAAACUUGUACUUAUGCUCUAAUUCGUUAUACCAAAAUAAGUACGAUUUUUUAAGACGUUUAAUUGAACCUAUAAAAGAUUGCGGUUACUAUGAAUUUUCUAAUAUAGACGAGUUCAUUCGACCGGAAGAUGCGAAAGAAUAUUCGGUAGUCGUAUUUGACGAUGUUUCCUGUACAGGUCAAAAUGUCAUUAAGGAAUUUUUUUCGUAUGGUCGACAUAAAAACAUUGAUUGUUUUCUAAUUUGUCAAAGUUAUAGUGCAAUUCCAAAACAAUUAGUUCGCGAUAAUUGUAACUUUUUGGUGUUAUUUAAACAAGACUUAACAAAUUUAAAACACGUAUUUGAAGAUCACAUAAUGAGCGAUAUGGAGUUUCAUCGGCUAAAGGAAAUUAGCGAUGCUUGUUGGGAGAAUAGACACGGCAUCCUAGUUAUUGAUUUAGAUUGUAGUGUAUCUAAGGGACGUUACCGUAAGGGUUUUGAUAAAUUCAUUGAAGUUUAAAACUAACGACUUCAGCUGUACAGUUCGUAGUAACUUCACAUACAUCAUACAAUGAACAAGACGAUAGCUGCAGAACUUAUCGCGGCACGAGAAGUCGUGAGAGACAAAAUUCGUUCUUUAAAAGAAGACUUAGAGGAGUCAAGGAUUCGGUCGGAAACCGCAUAUGCACCCAUCGCAAGGCCCUUACAGGAUAUUGUCGCAAAACUUGACACUGCGCCUUUACUAUCCAUUCCAAAACGAAGUUUAUCUCCAAAAGAAGAAAAAUUGAUAUCUAAGAUACAACGCUACUCGCCGGAUAUUUCUGACGUACCAGCUAAAACCGAGACCGAAUAUUUUAUUCGAAAACCGAAAGUUCCAUUAAAAGAACAACGACGAAAAUUUGCUACAUCGACUCCUGAAAAAAGGUUGGUAUCUUCUCCCACGUCUUCUCCUCUUGGUCCAUUAGCUCAUGCAGAAGAAGAAGUAUAUGAAGUUCCGCCGGGCGAAGAAGAAGAACUCCUCGAUUCUAGCGAGGAUACCGGAGCUCUUAUUUCGGACGCACAUAAUCGAAUAGAACGACUUAAAGAUGAAAUAGAAGAAAGAUUGGAGUCUCCAGAGGUACAAGCCGCUUUGAGUCAGUUUCAUCCUUUGCCCAGAACGUAUAUUGUUGGUUUAACAACUGAUUUAAAAGAUGAUUAUGAUCGUUUAUACGGUGUUCGCGAAACUCCCGAAGGUUUCUACAUUGGAGUCAGUCCUGUUCACUUUGAGGAUCAGGAUAUUCACGUUGGAAACUUCAAAUAUACGGGAACCGUUGGUUUAUAUGAUUUACUAUUUAAAAACGAACGGGGCAAAUUUACAAUUCAGGACAUGCGCAACUACAAAGAUAUCUUACUACGUUCAAAUGCUCCAUACAUUAAUUACAUUCCAGAGGCAGGUAUGACUACUAAGGACGACAGUGAGAAAUUUCAGAAUAUUAUCAAGACUAUCGUUGAAGGUAACAAACCCAAGGUGCAUUGGGUUGGAACAGAAGUUGUAUAAAAUGUUUAGUCUUUACGGAAAUCAUAAAUGGUUACUCUUAUUGGAUACUAUUACAACUCAAUAAAACAAUUCAAAGCAUUCGACCACAAAAAUGAAACCAUCUCAAAUAAAUUCGAAAUCUGUAGAAAAUAAACUUCUCAAUACGGUGUACAAUCAUAUUAAAAUUGCCGGUA